GAGUAGGCGCCGCCUGGCCGCUCUUGCGCUCCCUCGCCGGCGGGCGGGAUAAAUGCCGAAAUCGGGGCGGUAGCUCUGCUUAGUAGCUCAGGCGAGUGGUGGGAGGAAGAAGCCGUGCAGCUGCUGGUUGGUCUGAGGAGUCGCGUCUCAAGCGAGCUGAGGUUGCUUCUGUGCUGGAACCAUGAACUGGCAUUACCCCCUUCUCUUUGCCGCCUUGACAUCAAUGUGUACAUGCUUUCAGCUGAACCCUCUGUCUCUUGAAGAACUGGGGUCAGACAUCGGGAUCCAAGUUUUUAACCAAUUGGUCAAAACCAGGCCUAAGGAUAAUAUUGUUGUGUCUCCCCAUGGAAUUGCAUCUGUGCUAGGAAUGCUUCAGCUAGGGGCUGAUGGCAAGACAAAGAAGCAGCUGACGACAGUGAUGAGAUAUAGUGUCAAUGGAGUUGGUAAAGUACUACGGAAGAUAAACAAGGCUAUAGUAUCCAAGAAGAAUAAAGAUGUUGUGACAGUUGCAAACGCAGUCUUUGCAAAAAGUGGCUUGAAAAUGGAAGUGCCCUUUGUUUCGCGGAACAAUGAUGUGUUUCAGUGCGGUGUCAAGAGUGUGGACUUCAUGGAUCCAAGUGCUGCCUGUGACACUGUCAACCAGUGGGUAAAAAACGAAACUAAGGGCAUGAUCAGUGGGGUCUUAUCACCAGAUGCGAUCGAUAGUGCUUUAACCAGACUGGUGUUGGUGAAUGCAAUAUACUUCAAGGGACUGUGGAAAUCACGUUUUCAGCCAGAAAAUACAAAAAAGCGCACAUUUAAUGGAGCUGAUGGAAAGGCUUACCAAAUACCUAUGUUGGCUCAGCUGUCUGUGUUCCGAUGUGGCACAACAAGUACACCUAACGACUUGUGGUAUAAUAUCAUUGAAUUGCCGUACCAUGGCGAAAGCAUCAGCAUGUUGAUUGCCCUGCCCACAGAAAGCACAACACCUUUGUCUGCUAUUAUUCCUCAUAUUAGCACAAAAACUAUACAGAGCUGGAUGGCAACCAUGGUACAGAAGAGAGUGCAGGUUAUUUUACCGAAGUUUACAGCAGAAACAGAAACAGAUUUAAAGGAGCCUCUCAGAGAGCUUGGCAUUCGAGAUAUGUUUGAACAGUCAAAAGCAAACUUUGCAAAAAUAACGAGAACAGAAAGUCUUCAUGUAUCUCAGAUCUUACAAAAAGCAAAAAUUGAAGUUAGUGAAGAUGGAACCAAAGCUUCUGCAGCAACAACUGCAAUUUUAAUAGCCAGAUCAUCUCCUCCUUGGUUUGUAGCAGAUAGGCCAUUUCUCUUCUUCAUACGACACAACCCUACAGGUGCAGUUUUGUUUAUGGGACAAAUCAACAAACCUUGAAAUGGGAAGAAAUUUUUCUGCAGAAGCAAAUAAAGAUUGAGGCUCUUCUGUUAAAUAUUUUUGUACACUGUUCUUUGGCUAAGAACUAGUUUUUAAGUGUGAUUGGUCAACUAUGUUUUGAAGAAGAAAUCUGAAAUAGCUGACUUCUUGUGUGUGCAGGGGGUGGGAACAACUUUUUCAAAACAGUUUAAAGAUUCUUAAAACUACUGAUUGGUUCCCUGUGCUAACAACUUUUGAAAUUCUGUUUUGGUCUACAUAUUUUGUAUUGUGAUUUGAAAAGUCGUUAACAAGAGUUGGAACUAAAGGGACAUUUUCUAUUUUAUUUUUUACUUUUGGUUUGUACCUUGCCCUUCUAAUACUGCUGUUGUCCAUGAAAUGGUUGGUGGGGCAUCCUUGUUAGAAAUAAAAUUUAAAAGCUUUAGCAAUUUUUAUUUUAUGUUGUGCAUGUAUUGCUGAGACUUAAAACAACUAAUGUCCCGGCUAACGCCUUUGCAUUGUUGUAAUGUAAACUUGUUAUUGCUAGUAUACACUUUCUAUGGAUUUAAAUUUUAUAUUUUUUUGUACAAAGGAAAAGAAAUAAAAGCAGUAUGAACAGUUGGAAAUGACAUAGCAUCAGUGUGAUGUUGGAAGGAAUUCUUUUGUUGUCCUCAUGGGACGUGCAUGUAGCAAGCUGCCAAAUGAAAGGUCAGGCUUCAUUUCCCUGGUUGGAUGGAACUUUGGUGCUUCUCAUAUGUAGUAAAUAGUUUCCUUGCCAAGAAUGAUUGGCACCUUAUAUCUCUGUGGAAUAUUUUGAAAUGCCCUGUGUUUUUCUGUGCAUGCAGGUAACUUGAAAUAGUUGUAUUGGAUGCUUAUGCCAGAAGCCCUUGCAAGACACUGUAUGUUUUCUCUUUAAAGAAACUCUAAAUUUAUCAAUAAAUGACACUGGUUAGGGCUAGUGUGACAUUAGACUUGCAUAAGAGAGAAACUUUGGUUGGGCCUUCCCUGUUUAAAAUAUUUUCAAAUUCUGUAGUCUCAAAUCUGGAAAGGAAUCCAUAUCUGCUAAUACUUCCUGUUUGCUACAUGAAUGAGACCAGACAACUCUUUAUAUACUUCUAGAUAUGUGUGUUCAUAAAUGCUGGCUUAUUGUAAAAUUAAGUGGAAGUUGCAUCUGGCAUCAGUUACCUGUUCACAAGUAGAAUAACAUUAAUUAUGUUAGUAUAUGCGUAUUUGCAGAAUGGGAUGGAAUAAUACACACACUCUGAUUUCACCUUCGGUGUACAAUCCUACAGGUAGUUUU